AUGUAUUGCACGACUCGGCAAGCAUUCGCUCGAUGCCCGUUCGAAGCUUCGCACCAUCAUCGACCUUCGGUCCGAUUGAUCGAUCAACCGACCGAACUGGCAAACUUCUCCAGCUCGAUCUCGCCCCCUGUCCGUGCUCACCCCAUCACCAAGACGUGCGAAGUAACAACCCGCUCGCCCAUCGCGAUGGCGACCGCCUCAACCGUCGACCUUCAACUCGAUCGACAUGGACUCACGGUCAUCAACUGA